GCAGUCCGGGCGGGGGGGAAUCGGGUCUACCUCGCAUCCCCGGCGGUGGUGAGGUCUACGCCGGGGCCCGGGCAGGAGGGGCUCAGGUCUACCCCGCGUUCCGGGCGGCGGUGAGAUCCACCUCACGGUCCGGGAGGGGGUGAGGUCUACCCUGUGGCCAGGUCUACCCCGCAGCCUGGGCAGGGAGGCUCAGGUCUAUCCCGCGUUCCGGGCGGCGGUGAGAUCCACCUCACGGUCCGGGCGGGGGCUCCGGUCUACCUCGCAGUCCGGAAGGGGAGCUGCAUGCUGCUGCCGGGCGCGCCACUGCUGCGCUGGCCACUCCGCUGUUCCCUGCGCCACCCGCCUGCCCGCUGCCUCAUGGAGCUGCGGGCGCUCGUGUCUGCCCUAGGCGACUUUGCGUCCCUCUCUCUGGCUGAGAGCUGGGACAACGUGGGGCUGCUGGUGGAGCCGAGCCCUCCCCACACCGUGAACACCCUGUUCCUCACCAACGACCUCACGGAGGAGGUGAUGGAGGAGGCCGUGCAAAGGAAGGCAGAGCUCGUUCUUUCUUACCACCCUCCCAUAUUUGCGCCACUCAAGCGGGUAACGUGGCAGACCUGGAAGGAGCGGCUCGUGGUCCGGGCCCUGGAGCACAGAGUUGGGAUUUACUCCCCGCACACGGCGUACGAUGCUGUACCACACGGAGUCAAUGCCUGGCUGGCCAAGGGACUCGGUGCCUGUACGUGCAUCCCGCUGCGCCCGUCGGCUGCGCCGAGCCAGCCCGCCGAGGGCACGCACCGCGUGGAGUUCUGUGUGGGCAGCCCUGAGCGCCUGGACACGCUGCUAUCCAAAAUCAGAGGCAUCCAGGAGAUCUCCUGCCUCACCACACUCCCUGCCAGGGUUGAAGGUGAGGAGCAAACACGAGUCACUCUGAGCUGCUCCCAGAAAGCCCUGUUGGAGGUGGUGGCUUUACUGUCCCAAAAUAGCCUUCUUUAUCACAGGACCGAGAUUCUCUUGUUACAAAAGCCUCUUCUUCCCCACACGGGAAUGGGACGUCUAUGCACGCUGAGCGAGCCGGUGUCCUUGUCAGACGUGAUGGGACGGAUCAAAAGCCACCUAAAAUUACCGCACAUCCGCUUAGCCCUGGGAACGGGCAAGGCUCUAGAAUCGCCAGUGAAGAAGGUUGCUCUGUGUGCUGGCUCUGGGAGCAGCGUCCUGAAGGGAACGGAAGCUGACCUCUAUCUCACAGGGGAGAUGUCCCACCACGACGUUCUGGAUGCGGUCGCCAAUGGGAUAAGCGUUAUUCUGUGUGAGCACAGCAACACCGAGCGAGGCUUCUUGUCAGAGCUGCGUGAGGCGCUAGCUGUCCACCUACAGAACAAAAUCAACAUCGUCGUGUCCGAGAAAGACAGAGAUCCCCUCCAGGUGGUAUAGGAGAAAACAAAAACAUCAAAAAAUUGGACAGAAUUCCCUUGAGUUUCAUGGUAUGUGGCACAGACCUGUCCAGCUGCAAACUUCAUGGAGAUGUGCUGAAUUGGGUCAGUACAGAAUGAUUGUGUUAUAUAUUCCAUCAAAGUCUGGGAUAUGUUUUGUCAUGUCGGAUAAAUACAUGCUUGUUUUGGGAUACUGAAGGCUGAUUGACUCAAUUACCGGGCUGCACCUGAAUAAAUUUACUGCAUACAGUUACAUCUGAUACCCAUGAUACUCAAAGAUUGGUUUGGGUAAAAUAUAAAAACCUAACUUACCUCCAGUUUUAAGCUCAUGCAGCAGUUCUGCCCUCGUGCAGUUACAUCUAAUCAUAUCAGUACAAGUCACUGAUACUUUAGCUAAUUAAUCUCCUGAUAAUAUUUAAUGAAAGGGUGUGGAUCACCCAUUUGCAUUAACAGUCAUUUUAAGGCACCACUGAUAUACAACUAUACACAAUUCAGGUAUUUGGUACUGGUAUUCAGUUGCACAAGCUCCCAUUAAUGCAGCUUUAAGGCUAAUAGAUGGACUCUCAAUUAAAAAAAAGCUUUGGAAGGUUGUAACUUCUUUAACAAAACUGUAAAUAAAUUUAAUAUGCCAUUGUUA